GGCCGACGAAUAUACCCAUCGCUUCAUCCGUUUCCUUUGCCCAAAGCCCCAAACGUGCGGUGUCUCUUGAUCUUGCAUCUCUGCACCUCCCCGGACAAUCGACUUCGCCGGCAGCCCCGCCGGCGACGACAGGCACAGUGGAGCACGGAGGAGGAAGUACCCUGCUGUGAAUGGGUAAUUCCACGAACAAAGACAAAGUUCAUGACAAGGAAACUCACGGAACAAGUAGCAAUAUAACUGAGGAGACGUCUGUGGAAAAGGUGAAGGCUCCAGAUCUGCUUGAGCGAGCAAAGGAAGAGAUCGAGGCUCUUGCCGGAGCUGUUCAUACUAAGAUGGAGCACCAUUCCAGUCCCCAUGAGAAGAAGGGAGAAUCACAUAAGGAAGACAAGGAGGGGAGCCUGCACAAUAUAAAAACACACACGAAUGAAACUCACGGAACAAGUGAUGACAUAAAUGAGAACACACCAGUCGACAAAGUCAAAGGCCCGAAUGUGUUUGAGCGUGCCAAGGAAGAGAUUGAAGCUAUUGUCGAAGCUAUCCAUCCGAAGAGUGGAUCAGACAGUAAGUGAAGACUGAGACCCCUGGGGCUGUUCUGCCUUAAACUGGCUGCAGAAGCCUUAACAUGAGGUCAUGAGCUACCAGAUAGACACAUGCUUUCAAUGACGUCCACCCAGGUGGUGUUUUGUAUACGCGUUCUGGAGCUGUAAAAGCUAAGAGCUGACUUGUUUUGUAUGCUACACUGUUCUCCGUUGUGCCAUUGUGGUUUGUUUGAGCAGAGGUGUGUAGGUUCAACGUGGAAUUGUGAUGCUUCAGGCCUCGUUUGUUUGGCCUGGAUUGAGGCUGGGAACUAUUCUAGCUAAUCAAUGUUAAUACAAAUAAGUCUUAUCAUUCUAGGUGGAA